UUUAAACCUUCAUACGAUUUUCACAAAAUCUAAUCGCACUACACAAUGACAAAUCAUAUUUUUUACUAUAAAAACUCUCACAAGUUGUAUUAAAUGUUGUAAAAACACUUAAUAAUACUCAACGUGCGUUCAGAGUGAGGUUCAAAAACUGUGGGUUUUUUGGAUAAAAUUUGUAAUACAGUUUUUAUUUAUAGUGAAAACCUUGUUGCUAUUAUCUUUAAAAAUAAAGUAAAGCAAUAGAAUAAUUAUAAUUAUUUAUAAUACGAAUAUUAUUAAAGUGAAAGUGAUUUGGUUUCUAGUAAAAUUAUAUUCAUUUAAAUAAGGAAGGCAAAGAUAUAAAAUGUUGGUGAUUAAAGAAAUCGAAAUACCUGUUCCUUGGGGACACAUCGCAGCUAAAGCUUGGGGUGAUCCAUCUGAUUAUGUAAUAAUCGUCAUUCACGGACUUUUAGACAACGCCGGAUCAUUUGACACUUUAAUCCCAUUACUACCAGAAUGUUUCUAUUACGUUUGCAUAGAUUUACCUGGUCAUGGACGCUCAAGUCAUUUUCCAUCCUCGCUCCCACUACAUUUUCUCAAUUUUCAAGUAGGAAUGAAACUAGUAUUGGAUUAUUUCAAACGAAAAAAUUAUAUUAUAUUAGCUCACAGUCUUGGAGUGAGAAUCUCGUUAAUAACGGCUCAACUAUAUCCUGAGUUAAUAGCAAAAAUGAUUUGUUUAGAUUCUGCGUAUACACCACCAAAAGAACCACAUCUUUUCGCCGACGAUCUCAUUGAAGGUUUUAACACUUUAAUGAAAGUAUUGAGUUACAAAGAAGAUGAAACACCAACGUUAUCGUACGAACAAGCUGUUGAUCGAAUCGCAACCAGUCGAAUAUUGGGCCGAUUAAAUUAUGAAUGUGGUGAACAAUUAGGAGCGAGGAUGAUGAAACAAGUUGGAGAAGAUCAAUAUAUUUUUACUUUCGAUCGAAAAUUACGAUCAAUAGUUUAUCCGAGUUUCUCCCAAAAAUAUAUGCAACAAUUUUUGAAGAAGCGACCAAUACGAUGUGAUGGUAUAGUAAUUUAUAUGAAUGAAACUUUGGGAGUUGUUUCCGUAAAGCGAAUGUCGCCUUAUUUUAAUUUGAUUCCAUUUAGACGAUACAUGGUUAAAGGUCAUCAUCAUUCUCAUCAUACGGAUCCUGAGUGUGUUUCAACAAUUAUUACAACUGUUUUAUUAAAAUGGAAAAGUAAACUGUAGUUCUAUUUGAUAACUUAACAUUUUUAUUAUUAAUUUAAGAUAUCCAUAAUGUUUUAA